AUCAAUUUCCUGUUGUGAAGCAUAAAGGUGUAGAAGCGAGCAUAGUAAUAAGCUCAUCAAAUGAAACACAUGAUGUUGUAUAGCACAACAGAACAUGUGACUGAGGAUCAUUUUUCACCUUUUCCGUCCUCAAGAACAGUCCCAAGAACAGUCACAUUACCUCCCGAUCACAAAUCCCCAAGUCUGUUAUCUUGGCAAUUGAGCACCGCCAUUGGCAGUUCCUUCGUUCGCAGGAACUGCCUCGACCUCAAGAACAACAACUACCUUUCGAGCGGCAUCUACGUGGUGGCGCCCUACGACUGCUGCCCCGACAAGCUCGUCAGCGUCUACUGCGACAUGGACACGGACGGCGGCGGCUGGACGGUGAUCCAGAGGCGCGACCAGUUCGACACGCAGCUCAACUUCUUCAGGGGCUGGGACGACUACGUCACGGGGUUCGGCAAGCUCCGCAAGGAGUUCUGGCUCGGCCUCGACAACAUCCACGCCUUCACGAACCAGACCAACUGCGAGAUUCGCUUCGACCUCGCCGACUUCGAGGGCAAGAGUCGCUGGGCGAAGUACAGUCAAUUCCUGGUCAAGUCGAAGGCGUCCAAUUACGAGCUGAGGAUAAGCGGCUACUCGGGCAACGCCGGCGACGCCAUGAGCUACCACAACGCCAUGGUCUUCACCACCAAGGACAGUCCCGUCCACAGCGUGUGUCCGGAGAAGCACCAGGGGGCUUGGUGGUACAACAACUGUUUGCACGCCAACCUGAACGGACAGUACCUGGCCGGCCCUCAUACCACCCUGGGCAUCGGAGUGAACUGGUACGAGUGGAGGCGACUCAGGUACUCCCUCAAAUUAUCCGAGAUGAAAAUCAGACCAAAACAGUAAAUCCAAAAGAAGAAAAGGAAAGAGGAGGGAAAAUCUGAACUGCUGAUCACCGAGCAAUCAAGAGAAAUAGGGAAUUGAGAUCAUUCAAAAAAGAAAUGCGAUCAUUGAACGGAAAUAGUUUCGGGGUCGUUGUGUAACAACGGAUAUAGUUAGGAGGUCAUUAUGUUAACAUUAUUCUGUUGCAGAGCUUGAUCAAAUGAAUGAUAAAAAAGAAACAUCGUAAAAUAUCGAGAGCUAUAUGAGCAAAAUGUUACGACCUCCAUUAAUAUUCAUGGAGAAAAAUGUUACGACCUCCAUUAAUAUUCAUGGAGAAUCAAUAAUUCAUAAAAUGAUUCUAACUACAGUAAUAUCAUAAAGGAAUAUCAUUACCCCGGCAGUGAAUAAAAGGUAUUGAUCAGUAAAUGAUAUCAAAUACAUUGUUAUUUAGAAAUGUUACUCCGUUACUGUUACUGAUGAUAGUCGCAACACAGAAUUCGAUAUAAUAAUAAUGAAAUGUCGAAAUCCAUGUAUUUUAGAAAAUAAUGAUUCCUUCGGGAAUGUAGAUGAUUAAUUUGAUUUUGAUCAUUUUCGUGUAUCAAGUCACUUACUCCUAAUUUGGCUGUUCCCUUAUACAUGUAAUAAAGUAUGAGCAAUUUA